AUGGGUGUCCCCAAAUUCUUCCGAUGGAUGUCGGAACGAUAUCCUGCUAUCUCACAACUCAUUGCUGAGAACAGAAUACCCGAGUUCGACGCUUUAUAUCUCGAUAUGAACGGUAUCAUCCAUAACUGCACACACAAGGACUCGGACAGUCCAACGUUCCGAAUGACAGAAGAGAAGAUGUUCAUAGCGAUCUUCAACUAUAUCGAACAUUUGUUCGGUAAAAUCAAACCCAAAAAGACCUUUUUCAUGGCCAUCGACGGCGUCGCCCCUCGUGCCAAGAUGAACCAGCAGAGAGCUCGCCGAUUUAGGACAGCACUAGACAACGAGAAGGCAUAUCAAAAGGCGGUCAAGGACGGCGUGGAAAUGCCCAAGGAAGACCCCUUCGAUAGCAAUUGCAUCACGCCAGGUACAGGUUUUAUGGCGAAACUCUCGGAGCAGUUGAAAUACUUUAUCAACAAGAAGGUUUCUGAUGAUGCGGAGUGGCAAGGCUUGGAAAUCAUCCUUUCCGGCCAUGAGGUUCCCGGUGAAGGUGAACACAAGAUUAUGGAAUACAUCCGGCUGACGAAAGCUCAGCCUGGAUACAAUCCUAAUCUCAGACACUGUCUCUAUGGUCUAGAUGCUGACCUUAUCAUGCUCGGCUUGCUCAGCCACGAUCCACACUUCUGCCUCCUUCGAGAGGAGGUUACUUUUGGCCGUAAUAACCAGAAGAAAUCCAAGGAACUCGAGCACCAGAACUUCUACCUCAUGCACCUUAGUAUCGUGCGUGAGUAUCUAGAACUUGAGUUCCAGGAACUCAAAGAACCUGGACUGCUGUCAGUUCCUUAUGACUUUGAACGGGUUCUUGAUGAUUUUGUUUUGCUCGCUUUCUUCGUGGGGAAUGACUUUUUGCCUCAUCUCCCCGGUUUACAUAUUAAUGAGGGUGCAUUAUCCCUCAUGUUCAAAAUUUACAAGAAGGUUUUAACCAAGGCCAAAGGCUACAUUAACGACCAUGGUCAGGUAAACCUUGAAACGUUGGGCUUAGUCCUUGACGAAAUGGAAGAAUUCGAAUACAAGGUCUUCGAAACGGAAACCGCUGAUGCUAGUUGGUUAAGAGGAAAACAGAUGAAGGACCUAGAGGCAGCUGCGAAGCCUAAAAAACAUGGCAAAGUUGUUAUGACAACAAAUCAGAAGGGGUUAUAUAAACUGGUUCGAGAAUUUAUCGAGAACCGGAAAAAGGGGGAGAUCGAUAAAUACCUUGAUAUCAAGGGCCUCAAUGCUGCUGACAGGAAAUUUGUGGAAGACCUCGCCCAGAGCCUCCGUCUCCAGUAUAUCACUAUCACCGAUGAGAAUGUCGAAAAGUUUGCUCGUCUAUCAUUUUAUCCUUCCCUCGAUGGAGACGAGGAAUUUGAGGACGAAGAGGGCCGCGCGGCCCUGGAUCGUGUUUUCAAGGCCUUUGAAAAGGCUUCUAUCGUUGAUAUUAGUGCCGAUGAGGCUAAGGCUGAAAUGGAGCGUCUCUAUCAAGAGAAAUUUAGAGCGUGGAGAGAUGGUUACUACAAGGCGAAAUUCGGAUUUGGUUUGGACGACACGGAAGAAAUGAGGGGGUUAGCUGAAAAUUAUAUCGAGGGUAUUCAAUGGGUCCUCUUUUACUACUAUCGCGGGGUCGCCUCAUGGGGCUGGUUCUUCCGCUACCAUUACGCUCCAAAAAUUUCUGAUGUGAAGAAAGGUCUCGGUGCGAAUUUAAACUUCCGCCUGGGGUCACCUUUUCGCCCGUUUGAACAGCUCAUGGGUGUGCUUCCGGACCGAAGCAAAAAAAUUGUUCCUGAACCAUACCAUGUCCUUAUGACGAGCCCAGACUCUCCGAUCCUAGAUUUUUAUCCUCGCGAUUUUGAGCUUGAUAUGAACGGGAAGAAGCAGGAUUGGGAAGCCGUUGUGAAAAUCCCCUUCAUUCAAGAGGAUCGUCUACUUGCUGCGAUGAGGACGAGGGAGCACUUGUUGACCAAAGAUGAAAUCAGCAGGAACGGUUUUGGAAUAACUCUGAAGUUUACGUACUCAGAAUCAGUCGACUCCCUUUACGCUUCAUCUAUGCCAGGUAUCUUCCCAGAUGUGUGUCAUUGCCAUUGCGUCAUGAAUGAAUUCGAGCUCCCGACUCUCGAUGGGGGCUUGAACCUCAUACAGGGUUUGUGUGAAGGUGUUCGACUGGGCCGCAAUGCCUUGGCUGGAUUUCCCAGCUUGAAAUCUUUGGAACAUACGGGGCAGCUCCUUUAUCAUAGUGUGAAUGUGUUCCAACAGGAUAGCAAGAACGAGAGCAUGGUCAUCACUCUCAUCCACCCACCAAAACCCGGCACGGUCGAAUCCAUAGCGCAAUCCAAAAUAAAUCAGCGGGUUCACGUCGGUUAUCCCUUUUUGGGAGAAGCACAAGUAUUUGCUGUAUCGGACGAACUAUUCGUCUAUACUCUCGACGCCCAAGGCCGCGUUCAAAAGAAUUCUCAUAAUGACAAGGGGCGAGACUUGUGGCGAACUAAAGCUGAUCGUAUCGAAAAUAAUUACAGCAAGAGGAUGGGUAUGAUCGUCGGAAGUGUCGACAUCGUAGUUCACGUCAACCAUCUCAAGGGGCUUCGCAGAACCGAUGAAGGGGCCAUGGUCAAGGAAUUUGAGAAUAUUAUCGGGCAAGACACCGAUUACGCGUUGCAAACUAUCGUGGAUUCAGGAAGGGUCUCCGAAGAUGAGAGAUUUGUCGAGAGAGCUGCUGUUGAUAUCGCGACUGAGUUUCCCCUCGGAUCUCGGUGCUUCUUUUUGGGUGACUAUAAUUAUGGACGCCCUCUUGAAGUUACUGGCCACCGCGAUGAUCGGGCAGAUAUUUGGAUCUCUAUUUUGAGGACCAAGGAACCAGAUUUCGGAAACCGAGUUGCUUUCCUUAUUAACACGAUGUCGGACUAUAAGCCGUCCUAUGCGGUGGCUAAGAAUCUGGGGCUCACCAGUCUUGUUCUGAGCAAAAUUACAUCUAGCUUUCAAGUGCAGGUGGAUGAUACACGCCAGAAUCUUGGUUUGAACCUCAAAUUUGAGGCCAAAAAACUCAAAGUUCUCGGAUAUUCUCGAAAGACAGGAUCCGGAUGGGAGUUCAGCAGCAAGGCGGUGGCAUUGAUUAGCGAAUACAUGCAAAAGUUCCCUGAGUUUUUCCACGGAAUCGAACGCAGGCCGACUGCCGAUAAUUACUCGGCCGAAGAUUUCUAUCCGGCGGGUACCGCGAAAGCAAAAAUUAAGGAGAUCCAGUUAUGGUUGAAGGAAAUAGAGGCUAAGAGCUUUGAGAAGGUGCCACUGGAGGCACAGCAAUUAGAUGCUGAUUCGUGCAGAAUUAUCGAAGGGGAGGCUGAUAAGUAUGUCGAGCUACUCGGGAACCCGGAAGCUAAGCAGGUCCGUGGUGUCCCUCGAAAGGCUCUCCUAAAACCAUCAGAUGCAGAGCAUCGUCUUCACGACCAGAGAUUUGACCUUGGAGACCGGAUCGUUUACGUUCAAGACUCGGGAAAGGUACCGAUCGCCACCAAGGGAACCGUUGUCGGGAUUACAAAAACAGCCCGAACCACACUAUUAGACGUCGUCUUCGACGUUUCUUUCAUGAGCGGAAGUACAUUGGGAGACCGAUGUAGUCCAUUCCGCGGAAUGACAGUCCCCUAUUCGUCGGUUUUAAAUCUUACAUCACGCCAGGUUGUCGCAAUAUCUAAGGCUAGUGCUCAAGUUGCUACUCCAAAUGGACCUCCUCAGGAUGUUAAUGGAACUCAAUUCGUUCCCGCGAGCGCCCCCCCUCCUUUGCGGGGAUCCUUCAGCGGUGCUGUCGGCGGUCGUGGAAAUGCCAAUGGCGGAGGUAAUGGGCGAGGGAAUAUCAAUGGUGGGCAAAACGGACGUGGGACCAAUGUCACGCACGGACCAGGUUCAUAUCGCGGAAACCAGAACCCCCGGGGAAGAGGAGGUCCAAAUCGUGGAAAUUAUAACGCUAAUGGUGGUGGGCCACCCACCCAACCUCAAGCUUUCAACAGAGGCGGUUUUCAAAACGGCCAGCCAGUCAUUCUUCAACGGCGGCCACAUAAUGGACCAGAACACCAACCAGCUCGUCCCCAACAACAGCAACAACAGCAAGCUUCUGAAGGGCACCACGCCGUUCCCCCUCCCCCAAACCUUAACAACUCUCGAGGGCGCGGGCGCGGGCGUGGUGGUCGAGGUAGGGCUGUCCCUGCACAACCAGCAGCUGAACAGUAG